AGCGGGGCGCCUCCUGACAUUGUAGCGGGACUCUCACAGGGGUCCCCGGGGAUCUCUGCGGACGCCCCCGACUCCACCCCAUCAUGUGGCCGCCGGCUCCGCCUCUGCCCCAGUUCCUGUUUCGGCCUCUGCUGUCCCGCUCCGGCCCCUGGGGCUCCCGCAGACGCCGCCUCUUUCUGCUCAGUCCACCGCCUCUCCCUGGGCACCUGCCGCCACAUCGGCUCAACCCCGCGGGGCAUGGGGUCUCUUCCCGGCCUGCGCCGACCCUCCUGGACACCCCGAGGCUACUCGACCCCGCCCUGACUGCCAGGCCCCCUGGUGCCGCGGCCCCCAGGAUGAAGGGCGGCCAGGGGGACGCGGGCGAGCAGGCCCCGCUGAACCCGGAGGCCGAGUGCCCCUCGGGCUCGGCCACGUACCGGGAGUUCGUGCACCGCGGCUACUUGGACCUCAUGGGGGCCAGUCAGCACUCGCUGCGGGCGCUCAGCUGGCGCCGCCUCUACCUCAGCCGGGCCAAGCUCAAAGCCUCCAGCCGCACGUCUGCCCUGCUCUCGGGCUUCGCCAUGGUAGCCAUGGUGGAGGUACAACUGGAGAACAACUACGAGUACCCACCAGGCCUGCUGGUGGCCUUCAGUGCCUGCACCACCGUCCUAGUGGCUGUGCACCUCUUUGCACUCAUGGUCUCCACGUGUCUGCUGCCCCACAUCGAAGCUGUUAGCAACAUCCACAACCUCAACUCUGUCCACCAGUCUCCACACCAGCGACUCCACCGCUACGUGGAGCUGGCCUGGGGCUUCUCCACUGCCUUAGGCACCUUUCUCUUCCUCGCUGAAGUUGUCCUUGUUGGCUGGGUCAAGUUUGUGCCCAUUGGGGCCCCCGUGGGCAAGCCAGCACCUGUGGUACCUGCCUCCCAGGUGCCUGGGACUCUGCCACCAGUGGCCACGUCCCUGAGUCCAGCGUCUAAGCCACCCUCUGCGUCAGUGGCCCCUCCACAGGCUGCGCCAUCUGAGGCCUGCCCACCCCAGCAAGCAUGUGGUGGUGGUGGGGUCCACGGACCAGGAUGGCAAGCAGCCAUGGCCUCCACGGCAAUCAUGGUACCUGUGGGGCUUGUGUUUGUGGCCUUUGCCCUGCAUUUUUACCGCUCCUUGGUGGCGCACAAAACAGACCGCCACAAGCAGGAGUUAGAGGAGCUGAGUCGCCUGCAGGGGGAGCUGCAGGCUGUGUGACCCGUGUGUUAGCCACCUGUUACGAGCACUGCCUUCUUCGGGGGUCAGCCAGAGGCCCCUGGUCCACACCACUGUUCCCUGACUGCCUGGAGGCACUUCUUGCGGCCACUCUUAGGUGGAGGCCAGAUUCCUGACCUCAGGGUCCUUUGGGCUGGGCCUUGGGCAGCUCCCACAUUCCCUGGGAUUCUCCUUGUCAGCCUGUCCCAUGAGUGUUCUACACCUGGGAGGAGCGGGGGAGAAAGCGGAAGGUGUUCAGUCAGGGUCAUACACCAGGUGGGAGAAAGGGAGGGAGACCCUGGUCAGACCUUUGGUGCUGACCCCUCGCGGCUUGCCCCUGUACAGGAUGUGGAGGUCAGAUUACAUACCCACCAACUGCCCUAGAAGGCAGCCAACCCUUCCCUUAUUUUUGUUUUUUAAAAUCCUCACCUGAGGAUAUUUUUUCAUUGCUUUUUAGAGAGAAUGAAAGGAAGGGAGGGAGGACAAGAGAGAGACAUCCAUGUGAGACAGACACGUUGGCUACU